GAGGGCUCCCGCCCCCGAGCAGGAAGAGCCCAUCACUUCCCCAGCGGCGCCUCUGGAACCUCUGGUACCCGUGACUUACAUCGAUGACAUUGUGGAGCCGGACAGCGGGGCUGGCCCGGCUGCGAGGACGGGGAGCUUGGCGGAUCAGCCCGGAGGAGCUGGCCCCGACCUGGAGAUGGAGUUUUCCUCUGUGCCCCUCUACAGACCGCACUCUGCCCCUCAGCAGAGGGGAGGCAGCACCUUCACUGUCGUGCCCAAAAGGAAGCCCGUGGCCCCGGGGCUGCAGGCUGUCCCCGAUGCCAGCGGAAGGCCGCAGCGGGAGGAAGAGGAGGAGGAGGAGGAGAGCAAAGCAAGAGGCAAAGCCGUGGAGAACGCUGAUGGGCCUCAAGUGGGGGUACCCCAUAAAAAGCGCUACCCCACGGUGAACGAGAUCGAAGUGAUCGGGGGGUACCUGUCCCUGGAGAGGUCCUGCAUGAGCAAGACGGGCUCACGGCGCAAGAAGAUGAAGAUCUCUUUCAACGAGACAAGUUUGCAGACGAUGUUUGAGUACCCCUCAGAGAGCUCCCUGGCAGAAGAGGAUGAGGAGGAGGAAGGACCUGCUUCUGAAACAGAUGAAAAAUCUCGGACCUUUUAUAUUCCACGCCCAAACAGCACUUUGCAUCCCAGUACACCUAACUCAGCAGAUUUAUCCAGCUACACCCCAAAGCACUCCGUGAAGUUCAGCGAGUGGCAGGAGCAGAAGUACGAGGGUCCUGCUGCAGAGGGAUCCCUCCCAAAGGAUGCUGAUUCCCAGGGGAACCAAGUCAUGCUCACCCCGGCGGAGAAGGGCGGUCUCUCGGAUUUCAGCAGCGAGCCCGCGCUCUAUUUCUGAGGCUGCUCCCAGUGCUGCCGGGCAGGAGGGGCAGCGCAGCCCCAGCUCGGCAACCGCGGCUCUCCCGAUCCUGCUGCCAAGGGUGGAUGGACCACGUGCUCCCGGGCAUCUCUGGACAAUAUUUGCACUGGAUUUUGGGACCGAAUUACUGCUUCCGAGGCGUAUGAUUUAUUCUGCCUGUGGCCUUGCAUGUUCCUUGUUCAAGAUCAGCUGCCGGUUAGGCAAGUGUGGGAAGGACAUCUGUGAUCCUGGGAUGGAUCCCAGUGCAGGGUCUGGACAGCUUUUGCAACCCUUCUCCCCAGUGGAGCACUGGGCAAUUGGGUGGGUUCACAGCCUGACUGUGAUUUGACACAUUGGGUGUCAGUUUGGAAAACCACUGAAGGUUCGUGGUUUGGCAUGUUUCCAGCUCUGGUUUCACUGAAACAUCAUGGAAUUCAUGUGCCAGUUACAUGCUUGUGGAAUUCACUGAACACCCUGAAGGAGGGAUGGGAAGAGCAAUGAAUGCCUUUAGGUUUAGAUGUUAUUUUUGCACCAAUUAGUAGAGAAUUGUCCAGGCUGCCUCCAGCCUCUUGAAGAUUCCCAAACAUUGGCCAUAGCUUUGGUCUGUCCUUCCCCACUCUGGCAUCCAGUCUCUGGGAGUUGCUGGUUGUGCUCCAGUUUGCCAGCUCCUCUUGUUGCUUUGUUCCAAAUCUGAUUGAUCUCUCUUGGUUGCUUCCUUCAAGCCACACUUGCUCUGCUCUUCUAGUCAAAGCACAGGAGGGAAGUUUCACUCCAUUCUUCUGCAGAACUUGAACAAGGAAUGUGGGUUAUUUUUUGUUUUUUCUAGGAUUUUUAUAGUUCUAUUAUAAUUGUUUAAUGCAGCCAAUAUGCAAAGGAAUCUGCUAGAAUCUUCCAUUCAAGUUUUCUACUACUGUAAACUCAGGGUCAAAAUUGCACUCUGGAACAGAUGGAGCAGUGCUGCUAAUGUGAUUUGUACUUUGGGAUUAAAAGAGAUGUGGUGAGAACAGAUCCGGCCUCUUUGGGCUUUAUGGAAUGAGUGGGGCGUGAUCCAAAGGAACAGGCUGCUAUCUCUGAUUAAAUUUGAUGGUUCCUGGUUUGUCUGUUAUAGAUUGUGAAUGCUCAAGUGACACUGCCCUGUGAACUGAAAAUGCUCUGCAUACCUUGCACUUGGUUUGGUGUCUGUUGGAGCAGCAAGGGAAGGUUGUUCUACUGAAAAACAGGAUUAAAUUUUGUUAGGACAUCCCUACUUGUAGCUGUUCCCUUCUGCCCUGGGUGCCUAAAUACUUUUGGAAAGAUAAUGAAAAAAAGAAAAAUGGAAAAAAAAGAGCUACUCAGUAGUUUUAGAUGUUGGCUGGGGGGCCACCACAAAGAAGUAUUUUGCACCUCCUAAUCCAUUCCAAGCUAAUUUGAGAUGUGCUGCCUGUGUGAUUUGCCUGGAGCAGGAUGUGUCUGCAGUGCAUCUGCCUGGGACAUGACACAAGGACCAUGGAGCUCCAUGUGUUGAGGCUUCUCCCUUUAAUAAAACACUUCAGGAUAAGGUGCUGAGACUGGUGGGAAUGAGGGAAAAUGUGAGACUGCCUGUGACUGCUAGAUUUAAGGGGUGAGUUUUCAGCACAGCUUUUCUAGCAAAAAAAGGUCCCAGUGAGCAUCUCCCCCUGUGGAAAAGCCCAGGUCAGUUUAGGGCAGCUCUGUUUCUUGCAGAACUGCAGGUGGUAAAGCAAAGCUGCUGUCUACUCAAAUUAGGGACCAGGGGUCUGAACUAGCCCAGGCUUAGUUCUCCUAUGAGGAAUGCUAAAGCCAAGAGUGUCCUGCAGCUCCAACACUGCUCUGGUUCUGUGUGUUAACCCUGUGGGCAGCACAGCUCGGGGCUGUGGGGGUGCUGCUGACUCUGCUCCUUCUGCUGGUGAUGCUGCUGCACCUGGAGCUGUGGUUCUGCACUCCUGCACUUCCCAGCUUCCUCUCUAACCCCUGGCCAGCUCCUCCAGCUGCCUCCAGGCAGAGCAAGGUGAGGGCAGUGCUGAGGGCAGGAGCAUCACUGCUGGGUCACCUCCUGGGAUGUGCCUCAGCACUGCUGGGCUCUAAAUGAAGGGUAUUUCUGUGUGAAUGCCUACCCUGCUCUGUAACAUCUCCUUUAGUGGGUCUCUGACUAAUACCAAAGCACAUCUGGAAGGUAAAUUCACUUCUGCAAGACAAGGGCUUUUAUUAAGUGUGGCAUCCUUGGAGCACAAAGCAGCUCUCUCUGGCCAACAGGACAUUCCAGGCUGAAGAAGUUUAGGAGCGCUUUUGUCGACGUAUUCGUUGUCCUAAUGAAGUGUUUUGUGGAUCAAUGAUUUUACCAAGAUCCCUCAUUUCCUUCUUCAGGACAUCUAGCAAUGUCUGAGAAUUGUCCAGUAUCUGGGAAAGAAAUAAAAAUAGCUUAUUUUUACAUAAA